AUGGCCGUUUUAUCUGGUAAUAAUUGGGAAUUAUCAAAAUACGGUCGAUAUGAAUGUAGUGGUGAUAAUCGUUCAAAUGAAUAUAUUUGGUCAAUUAUUGAUAACACAACGACGAAUUUAUCAAUGAAAAUUACACCAACGUUACAAUUAAUUGUUUUAUCCUCUAAUAAUUGUAUUGAAGAAUGUUUAGACAUCUGGGCAUUGUACAAUUGUACAAAAGUUUUAAUUCGAUCUACGACAAUUAUGUUUGUCUAUCUAUUUGGUAAAUAUGUUCGAUUAUUUCGUGUACAAUUUAAUAAUAAGGAAGACCUAAAUUUGUGUAUAGAAGUGUUAAAAUUAUAUUUUUCAAUUCAAUUUAUCGACGAUAAUCAUGAGCCAAUUGAUAACGGUGAUGAUACUAACAAUUGUUUACUUGAUCUAUGUCAAGAAAAAUUAGCUUAUCAACAACCAAAUAUACAAAUAAGAAAUGAUUUUUUGAAUCAAUAUUUGACAACGUGUCUAAUUGAUCCAGCGUUUUUUGGUUUUGUACAAACAACAGAAAAAACAUUGAAAGCGUUUUUUGAAAAUGAUAAUAAAUAG